AUGUCCACCAGUGUUUCUGAGUCAAUCGAAUCCAGUAUCAAUAACCAACCAGUCCCUCGAGAUCAGAUCCCAUCAGCCUCAUCGACAACGGCAACCCUCAGUUUUUUUGGCGUCACAGAAAAGGAAGGUUCCAAUACUCCACCAACAAGCCGUGGCAGUACCACAUCGGCAACGAUAGUAGCAAAGCCAGAGCCAUCUGUACCAUCUCAAUUCGAAGAAAAACAACAUCAACAAGAAGAUCAACAAGAAAAGCAGCAGGUUGAUCAAGACAUUAGUAGUCUUUCUAACAACCUCCUCGACCAUCCAGUAAGUGUUGCCACGCGGUUCACCUUCAGCAGCGAGUCAAGUGAGCUCAGCGAGUUGAGUGACUCUGAUGCCGAGACUGAGAAGAUGAAUUAUACAGAUAAGGAAAAAAGUGGAUUUCCUAUGAAUGCUAACGGGGAAUUCGAGAGUCAUUUAUUAGCAAUGUCAAGAGACAAUCAAGAGGACUCGGGGAUAAGUGAUCCAAACGAGGACGAGGAAAUGGAACUACCAGAAGUUUCUUCCAAAGACAUUUUAAAAGAUAAUAAGGAAAGCUCUAGUGAAGAGACUACACCAAAUCAAGAUGAAGAGAAGGAAUCCAAUAUAACGGUAUAUUCAAGUGAGAAUCCUGAUGUCAAAUCACAGGAUCAAGAUGUUCAAGUGGAAGACCAAGGAACAGUGAAAGAAGAACAAGAAAAUGAGGAGGAGAAGGAGCAUGUGGAGAUGGAGGAUGAGGAAAAGUUAAAAAAAGAAGACUCCGAGGAGGCUCCAGGACCAUCGCAGGCUAAGAGGGAGCUAGAGGAUGAGAAAAUAGAUGACAAUAGUGAUAUGUUGGCCAAGAAAAGAAAGAUUGAGAGCAAUAAUGAACAAGAAGAUGAAAUUGGAGAAGUGGAAAAUCAUAGUGAGGAAGCAGCUGGUCAUGGAGAUGAUGAGGAUGAAGGUGUUGAUGAAAGAGAGGAAGUCGAAGAGGAUGAGGAAGUCGAAGAUGAUGAUGAAGAAGAAGAGGAGGAAGAAGAAGUUGACGAGGCUGGUAGGGCUGAGAGAGCUGCGAAAGAUGAAGAAUUAUUGCAACAGAAAAAACAAGAAGAAGCAAUGCGUUUGAAAUUCCGCAAAGAGGCCAUCGAUAAGCUUACGGAGAUUGAAAUUGAAUUUGCCAGGUUGAAAGACAAGCUUUAUGACGAUAAGCUCAAAGCGUUUGAAUCGGAGAUCCAAAUGUGUAUUAAUGGCACUCACCCAGCAUUGAAGUCGAUAUACGAACGGAUUGAGAAUCACCGGACCAAGAAGCUCCAAUUAGUGCAGAACCGUCAAAAAUACCAACUUCUUUGCAUUGAUCGGCAGACCAGAUCCCAGAGGUUGGCGAUCCAUCAACAAUUCUUGAAAGAAAAGGCGGAAUCCAAGAUGAGUAUUAUUGAUAAGGCUACAAUCAAUUGGUAUGACAUCAAUCGUAACAGAAAGACAAUGAACAUGAUCACCCCUGAGUACAGUUUCCGAGUACCGAGUAAGGCAGAUCAGAUCCAGCAUGUGAUGGACAUUGAAGAAGAGAUUGAUGUGUUGAGUUAUGUGAACAAGAAUUAUGGUUUUAGUGUGGGUGAGAAGCUCAGUGGAAGUACCAAAGAAGAGGUGAGUGAGGAUUUGAUGGCAUUGGGGAUAGCUUAA